AUGGAGGCGCGGGACGAGCUGCGCGAGGUUGGCGUCGGCGAGCGCGCUCCCAGAGUGCUAGAGCUCGAUCAUACCUUCCGCCCCGGGGCCAUGUUGUCUCCGCUCUCGGGUUCAAGCCUGUCCCAUCAAGUGUUUUUCAACGCAGACCUUCUCCCCGAGAUCUUUCACCAUCUCUCGCCGUAUCCUGAAGGCCUCGACAACAUCCUCACCGAAGGACACGCGAGCGAUAACGAGGGGCAGGCGGAUCUCAAGUGCACGCUGGCCGCCUGCGCACGCGUCUCUCGCGCCUUCUCCGACGUUGCGCUCGAUGCCCUCUGGAGGACGUUGAACGGUCUGUGGCCCCUGUGGUGCAUCAUGCCGGAUGAAGACGCUUUGAGCACCGUCCAGGUACCUGAGGACGAGUCCACUGCGGAGGCAGGCUCGCCGAGCUGGCACUGGUUCAGGUUCAGGCGCUACGCCUUCCGGGUCAGGGAGCUCAGAUGCAAGAUGGAACCGUUCGUGCCCUCAAUGCGUCCCGACAACACAGCAGACCUGCUUAUCCCACUCCUGUCUGGGGCGCCUCUCCUUCCUCGCCUCGAGCACCUGGAUGCCAGGUUUGAGGUCCCUGACUGGCUACCAUUGCUGUCCAUCCUUCUCUCCCCAUCUCUUCGUUCCAUCAGGCUGUCUCUCGAGUACUCGAGAUGGGGCGCUAGCCAGCUCCGGACAACACUCAUCCACUCGCUUCUGCGUCUCAUGACCUAUCCAGACGAUCGCAAACACGAGCGGCGUCUCAUCCCUUGGCCGCGAGAGUUCCAUGGCCCAUCGUUGGAGCAUCUCCUCGCUCAAGAUGCGUUCCACGACCUCCACACGAUCGACACCCUGGUCCACGGCCGUCCCAUCGACCUCGACCGUCCCACCGUCGAAGUCCUCUCGCGCAUGCCGAGCCUCAAGACCCUCUUCGUCGCGCUUGCGCUCGGCGUCCCGCCCGCCUGCCACGAUGGCUUCGUCGCGCUCGAGACCCUCCACGUCAGCGCCACCCCCGCCGACAUCGCCCACCUGUUCGCCGGGUGCCGCUUCCCCCGCCUGCGCGCGCUCGCCCUCCGCUCGCCCUCCGCGCACCUCCCCACCGCGCUCGCCGCCGUCCCGCGCUCGGUGACGGCGCUCGCGCUGGAGCUGCGCGACAGCUGGGAGCCGGUGCGGCUCGCGGAACUACUCGCGCCGCUCCUCGCGCGGGUCGCGCUGACGAGCUUCACGCUCGACCUCGCGCGCCGGCAGUGGGUGUCCGUCACGGACGGGGACCUGGACGCGGUCGCGGGGGCGUGGCCGGCGCUCGUCCGGCUCGAGAUCACGCUCGACGGGAAGAGGAGUGCGGUGAAGGGGGCGCCGCCGGCGGACGCGGGCGUCGCGUGUCCGACGGUUGGGGGCGCGGUGCAGUUUGCGAGCAGGUGUCCGGCGUUGAGGGCGCUGCACCUUCCGAUGCUGAGGAAGGUGUGA